AUGACGUUCCAGAUUUACGUCGGCGGUCAACGCGUCAACAGCGACUUCAUCACGUCGACUCCCGCGUGGGCUUCCCAGCAGGUGAGCCUCCCGGCCGUCAAGUCCCGUCAAUCAGGUUUUCACCGGUGGGAGGGGGGUGCAUCGAAUGACGUCGAAGACCCGCGUACUGACCCGCCCCGCAUCCCUUUCUCAACCUCGCAGCCGAACAAGUCCCGCAAGCGAUGCAGCGACGAUACCGACGAGGCCGCGAUGAGCGCGGCGAACUCGAAGCGUCAGCAAUCUUCUCCGCUCGGGUCGGUGACCAACCUGCUCGUCCACGGGACCGAGCAGUAA